AUUCUCAGGGACAUGAAUGAAACUGCGAUAACUGAAUUUAUUUUGUUAGGGUUUUCUGGUUCGAAAAAUCUAACAUUAGUUUUGUUUACAGUGUUUUCACUCAUCUAUAUUGUCACAGUUAUGGGUAACAUUGUGAUUAUUACUAUUGUUUACACUGAUAGUCAUCUACAUACACCUAUGUAUUUCUUUUUAACCAACUUGUCAUUUUUGGAGAUAUUGUACACAUCUAACAUUAUUCCAAAAAUGUUAUUAAACAUCAUCACUGAAAAUCAAACAGUUUCUUUUACAGGAUGCAUAGUGCAGCUCUAUUUCUUUGGGUCUCUUGGCUCCACUGAAUGCUUUCUUUUAGGUGUAAUGGCCUAUGACAGAUAUGUGGCCAUCUGCAAACCCCUUCACUACUCUGUACUUAUGAGUGCUCGGUCAAGUAUGAUGAUGUCAUGCCUUUCUUGGACUACUGGUUUUAUAGCCACUUUUGGUGCAAUUAUAUUAGUCUCCAAGUUGCACUUCUGUGGUCCUAAUAAAAUUAAACAUUUUUUCUGCGAUCUUCUGCCAGUCCUAAAAUUGUCUUGCCAAAAUGCAUUUACUAUGGAAACUGUAGCUAUUACUUUGGCUUCAGCAAUUCUCCUGGGGUCAUGUUUUGUCACUCUAGCAUCCUAUGUGCAAAUCAUUGUAACAAUCUUAAGAAUCCCCUCAUCUAAAGGUAGGCAAAGAGCUUUCUCUACUUGUGCAGCCCACCUUACAGUGGUAGUAGUGUUCUAUGGUGCUAUGAUUUCAAUGUAUGUCAGCCCAAUUACAAUUAGCAGUUUUAAUCUUAAUAAAGUCAUAUCUUUGCUAUACACAGUAGUGACUCCAUUUAUGAAUCCAUUCAUCUAUACAUUGAGAAAUAAAGACGUUAAACAAGCUCUUAGAAAAGCAACUUUAAAAUCUAUUUGCAUGCAAUGA